AUGGGGUCUAUCCCGCGAAGAGGUGCAGUAAAUUUCCAGUGUGGUUUGCUUGUGUUGCUGUGCGCUGUGCUGCGCGGCACCAGCAUGCGGCCGCAGAAUUCAGGGACAGUCGAGCCACUGGGUGUUGCUGGCGAUCCACUUGAGAAUGUCGAUCCAGAAAUUGUGGAGAACCCUGCCACUCCAAAGUUGCCCUUCUUCGAGGUCGAUGUGACAUUGAAGGAUGAGGAGGCUGUACUGAAGAAAUACGAAGGUGCUGUUACCGGUGCACUGGUGUACAACAGCCUUCCCAAAGAAGCGAGUUUGGACAACGCGGCUUCGCAACUCAUCAAGGACUUGCAGGACCGUUUGGUCAAGGAGGCAAAUAUCACAAGCACGCUGCAAAAGGAGGGAACUGAAGGCCAAGUAAUCAAGCUGAUCAUGGGAAUACAGAGCUAUCAGCUCGAACAGGUGCUUCCGAAGGAGAUUGCACAGGACUUGAACACCAGCAUGUCUGCACUGCCUGCUGCGGUGGCUGCAGUCAAGGUUCAGGAUGUGUACGAUGACGUGCUGACGAAAGUCAGCGACUUCCUAGAAGCCAAGUGGAUGAAGCGAAUCCCGUCCCUACUCGAGCAGACGCUUUCAAACGAGAAGGUUGAAGCAACGGUACUAGUUGUACCGAAGGCGGCGACUAAGCCGAGCAAUACUUCGAACUCAUCAAAUUCGUCAUCUGUGCCAGUGGUCGAAGUUGUUCUGCGUGUGGAAAUGGAGAAGCGGCUGCCUCUGGCACAGUCAGCAGACCCACAGGUGAGCGCAGAAACGGUGGAGGCUAUGACGCAGCAGAAAUACUUAGCCCUGGUGCAGCCCAAAAUUCAGGAGCACGUAGCAAGAGGGAUCCGAGAUUUCUUGGGAGGCGCGUUUCCCUUCACAGCGAAAGCUGAAUGUGAUUCGGACUUCGGAAGCCUAUCGAAGCACAGUUUUUGGCUCCCGAUCAACAUUUCAGACUUCGAUGAAGUGAAGGGACUCAAGGCAUUGAACAAGUCCCUAGCAGAUGAUGCUCAAAAGCUCUUGGGCUUGCUGGACAAGCUCAGCAUAUGUGGAGUACCGGAUAUGGCUGAAGCCGCAUCAAAAAUUAGGGGAGCUUUGCGCGCUGGCAUGCUGGAAAAGUUGCUGAAAGGCUUCACGGAGCACGUGGGCUCUCUUUUGGGUGCUGAAGUCCAGGCAGUAAAUGGCUCCACCUUUCGAUGGUUCCAACAGCAGGCACCCUAUGGCAUUUGCUGUAGAAGCAAAGCAGCCUCCAGCAAGUCCAAGACGGAUGAGGUCUUUUGGAUAGCAGCCGAAGUCACGGAGGGAGGCAACGACACCCACAACGGCAUUUGCCCAAUUGUUCAGGAAACUCAGAACCCACCAUGCGCUUCCAGAAAGAAAAGCGCAGAAAAGGUGGUGCUGCACCACAGGCCUUACACC